AUGAAGAAGCUUUUGAUCAAAGUUGUCUUCAUGGUGUUCAUUAUAAAGCAAGUUAUUAUGACUAGAACGGGACCAACAGACUUAACACUGGUUGAAACAAAUUUGACAUCAAUCACAGUAAGGUGGAAACCUAAUUUUGAAAGUGAUGGUUAUAACUCACUACAAGGAUACAGGAUAAAAUAUGCAAAGUCUGGGGAUGCUGAUUAUGCCAUUAUAGAUGUGAAGUCUGAGGAAACUCAAGCUAAAAUAACAGACCUUGAAAAGAACACCAACUAUGAAAUUUGUGUGGCUGGAGUAUUUAGUAUAGGAGGAAGAGGACAGUAUUCAGAGAAAAUUGAAGCAAGGACAAAAUUGUCUAACAUUCCAUGUUACAGCCCAAAUGUGACCCUGCCAAAUGUCUCACCAAGUGCAUCUUCAGAUUGGAGCAUUCACAGAUCAAGACAGUUUGUAAUCCAAUCUGAGGUCAAACUAAAUUGUGAGUUAUCUGACAAAACAUUGUUCCUUUGGCAUGUUUAUCAACUGGGUAAAAAAAAUAUGCCAUUACUUUCAAGAAAUACUCCCUCAGAAUUGCACAUCACACCCCGCUUGUUGCCAGUUGGUGAUUUUAUGGUUCAACUCAACGUCAGCAUGAUAGGAACAGCAGUGUUUGGGGUCAGUCAGGGUUACUUCCAGGUGGUGAGAAGCCCUUUGGUUGCAUUAAUUGCUGGAGGAAGCAAGGUGGCCAGAGGACUGAACAGGACAUUGAUGUUUGAUGCAUCCCUUUCGUAUGAUCCGGAUGAGGAGAAUGGACACUUCUUUGGCCUCAAUUUCACAUGGCUAUGUAGACAAGAGUCACCUCUGGAUCUUAAUAAUUCAAACAAAGCAGGAUGUUAUUAUAGAACUGGUGAUAAAGAAUCUGUUGAGCACAAACUUAGAGUGAACAACAGUCUCAUGGCAGAAAAUACCUCAUACUUCAUAACAGUGCUGAUUACAAAGGAUAAAAGGCAAGCUAAGUACACUCAGGAAGUGUACAUUGUCUCAGGCGAUCCACCAGAAGUGGAAAUCAGGUGUGUUGAAAACUGUGAUAUAAAAUUAAAUCCAUCUGGAAGAAUGGCUCUACAAGGUAUCUGCACAGGUGCUUCUUGUCAUGGUACUCUCAAUCACAAGUGGACAAUUUUGAGAAACUCAAAUAACUCAUCUAACAAUACCCGAUGGGCGGAAGUGUUAGAAAUACAAAAGUUGGUAACUACUUCAAUAACGUCGAAAUCUCUUGUUACUAGACCUAGAGUCCUGACACCCAAUACUCGUUUUAAGUUUAUAUUGACUGCACAACGAUCAGGUGGAUAUAUGGGGUAUUCCGAAUUCCACGUCACCACAAACAGCCCGCCUACUGGGGGAGUAUGCAGUGUCAGCCCAACAUCAGGAGUUACUCUUACAACAGAGUUUCAUUUUACGUGUGAUAACUGGGAGGAUCCGGACCUCCAGCUACGAUAUGAUUUUAUUUACCUGACACAUAACAAUCUGCUCAAUGUGGCAUACACAGGUAUAAAAACUAGUAUAACAACCAAGCUUCCUGCAGGGGAAAAGAAAAAUAACUUUACCAUCGACUUUCGCGUGAGAGUAACCAACAUGUUCGGAGUAUUCACUGAAGUGAGGACUCCUGUACAGGUCUUACAGCCCAGCAUUGAACAAACAUACCUCUCAGAUAUUGUUCAAAACCUCACAACCGGGGAUGAGAGUGAGCUGAAGUAUUUGAUCCAGUUGGGUGACGUGUCAAGUGCUCUACAAUUGACGGCGGCAGCCAUUUCGGUCGUUGGUGUAAUUCCGAAUUCGAAAACAACAGAAAGUCAGGCCCAUGAGUUGACAGAGAAACGGAUCAUGGUGAAAUCAAACAUCAUACAACUGUUGUCCGCUAUCCCGGUGGAUACAGUCGUCAGAGUUCAGCAGGUGUCAAAUGUAAUUGCCUCCGCCAGCUCGGUCUUUGACGAGGUUACCGUUGAAGCACAGAAAGAUGCAACGGAUGCACUCGGAAAGAUGACUUCAGUAUUGAAGGUGGAGAGUACAGCUGGGGAAAGUUACGACUCGCUUUAUGAUGGCGCAAAAAGUCUUGUUAAUGGUCUUGGUAACAUACUAAAGGUAGCAUCACAUGGAGCUAGAGUAUACGAUGAGCAUUUACAGGAGAAAUCUUACAUCAAAGCUAACUUAACAAGUACAGAUGAACAACUCUCACGUAAGAGCCGGUGGUUACCAUUCAGGUCAAGAGGUUCCUUGCCAUAUUUAUGGAGCAGAAGGAGAGAAAGAGACGCUUCUGACGCGCAGCUUCAGGCUCGAAUCCACGUUGAGAGUAUACUCCAGUCUUUGAAAGAGAUCGGAAGUAUCAUCUUGUCCCGAACUCUCGUUGGUGAGGAGCCGAAAAUGCUUUCAGCCCAAGCCAUAUCUUUGUUAAUGUUGCGAGAGGAGCCGAAUAUGCUCGUUAGGACUAUUUUGACAAACAAAGGAAACAGUUUUCAGUUUACUUCUUUACCUAUCCAGUUGGCUACCAUUACCCAAUUUGUAGAUAGCCAGAUGUUAACAACGGACUUUACACCUUUUUCUUGGGACCCCUCAGGCUCAAGAGUGACAACUGCAGUUUCAAGCCUUGAACUUAAGAAUAGUUAUGGGCAUUUCCUGAAUACGACAGAACUGACAGCUCCAAUUACCAUAAAACUUCAGAACCUCUCGCGAUUCACAAAGGCCUCUCUGUCUCAUUACAUUGGAGCCAACAGAACUGUUUUUUACAAGAUAAAUGUCACUCAGUUAGGAAUAGCCUUAGUGCUGAAGAUUCGUCCGGAAAGCAACCAGACAGAGUUUGCUGUGACUGUUAAGUAUGGAGAGCGGCCAUCUCCGAGAAAUAUCGACUUGAAUUUAACAAUACCUGACCUUUCAUCUUGCAAUCAGAUGCCAGAUGGCUAUGUGAACUGUUCACGCGAUCCAUAUAUAGUAUUUAUGAACCAGGAGUUUAUUCAGAACAAGGGUCUUGGCUACUACUUCAUUAGCCUUACAGUCAUGCCAAGAGUUUCUGACAUCUCUCGAGUUAGACGCUGCUCAAAGCGUUCAUGUGUGCAAUUCAAAAAACUACCCACCACAGGGGAAAGUCUCAACGUACCACAAUACCAUGAAGGUGAUAAAAAUUACACCAUUCAAGCGAUGCCGGCUGCUUGUCUGUUCUGGAAUGCGAAAAUAUCCCGCUGGACGUCAGACGGAUGCAAGGUAAGCGAAGUAACAACUCAGGAUUACAUACAUUGCUCCUGUAAUCACCUGAGUGCUUUUGGUGGUCAGUUACUCGUGGCACCCACUCCCAUCGAUUUUGAUAGAGUUUUCACAGAAUUGGUUCGCUUACCAGAUAGUGGAAACGUGGCUGUUAUAAUAGCAGUUGGCUGUGUGUUUGGUCUCUAUCUGGGACUGCUGCUAUGGGCCAGACGGAAUGACAAACUUGAUCUCGUGAAGGUGGGCGAGAGGGCAUUCAUAGGCGUACCCAUACCUUGGUAUCACUUCGUCGAGGUUCAAGUAUUUACGGGCAUCUGGCGAAACUCGGGAACCACCGCCAACGUUUUUAUUGUACUGGAGGGAGAGUUAGGUACCAGUCGACCGUAUCAUUUGAAGCACCAUUCGUGCAUUCCUUUUGCAAGAGGGAGUAUUAUUUCCUUCGUUAUUUCCAUUCCUGUCGACAUUGGCACCAUAAAAUCUGUUCGAGUAUGGCAUGACAAUGCAGGCACCAGUCCAUCAUGGUUUUUGAAUCAGAUCAAGGUUAGCGAUCUGUUCAGUAAGAUACAAAGGAACUUUGUAUGUUUUACGUGGCUGGCAGUUGAUAAAGGUGAUGGAUUAAUAGAUCGUACCUUUCGUUUCACAACAGCGGGUGACAGAGGAAUUGAUUUUUCCUCGUAUGUUCAGAACAGAAUUGCUGAAGAAGUCAGUGAUUUACAUUUGUGGUUUUCUGUCGCUGCAAGACCACCAAGAUAUCGAUUUAGUCGCGUGCAACGUUUAUCUUGUUGUCUAGUAUUAUUGCUGACAAUUAUGCUAACUAGUGCGAUGUUUUACGAACAUAGAACAGCGAUGGACGAUGCACAGGGAACGCUAAGGUUGGGUCGUUUUGUUGUAAACUUCAGAGAAUUCAUCAUUGGAGUGGAGAGCCUUAUGGUUGUAUUUCCUGCCUACAUUUUGACCGUGCAACUUUUUGCUCGUACUCGAUCCUCGAAUGAGAAUAAGCAAAUGGCUCUCAAAACCAACGCAAGGACGAAAUUUAGCAAGAUAAAACGCGAGUUUUCUUUUCCACGCUGGUUUAUUUGCGUUCCUUGGCUCUUGUGUUUUCUCCUCUCAACUUGUGCGGCGGCUUUUGUUAUCUUCUACAGUCUACAGUGGGGUGCAGAUACAAGUGAGCAGUGGCUUAUUUCGGUUGCAAUGUCAAUUUUGUUGGACUUAUUUGUAACGGAACCAGCGCAAAUCAUCGUCGUUGCUUUUAUACUGCCUCAUCUUUUCAAAAGUACAUGUGAUAGGUCCACCUGGAUUUCUAGCCCUGUAGACACAGAGGUUAGUCUCGAAGAUAUUAGAGUCGGUGGGCUAGACUAUGAUGAAGUCGAAAAAGAAGAACUUAAAACACCAAAGCCCUUAACGAAGAGAAAAUUACGUCGCGUAAGGGCUGCUCGAAUGAGGGAAAUGUAUAUGUACAAAGCUCUUCGGAAUAUAGUAUCGUACUUACUAUACUUGUUAAUUUUACUUACUGUUUGUUACGGUGGACGUAGCAAGCAUGGAUACAUGAUGACAUCUUCCAUGAAGAACACAUUUGGAGAACUCAAUACGAUCUCAAAUCACUUCAACACAUGGAACUGGUUACGUGACGUUUUGGUACCCGGGCUUUUUGAAGACGGAAAAGAUGUUACCUCAAAUAGUUCCAGGCUCUACAUUGGAAACGGCGACGCAGUCCUCGUUGGGAUGCCUCGUCUUAGGCAGCUACGAGUCAAAGAAGGUUCUUGUGAUGUCAGCAUAGAGGAAUUGACAACCCCACUCAACUCUUGCGUGGCUACAUAUACAUUUACUAACGAGGACAAAACCAGCUCCCUUGGAAAAAAAUGGCGUUUGUUUUCCUCAUUUAGGAAUGAGUCACUCGUUAGUCUUCCUCAGGUCUGUCCAAGUGCUUGGCAUUAUUCUUCAGCCCAGCAAACACUAAAUAUUCCCUUAUGGGGAAAACUUCAUCUGUUUAAUUUUUAUGGUGAAGGAGGUUACCUGGCCGAGUUGGGCUAUGACAAAACUACAGCACUGAACGUCAUCUCCGAACUAAACCUGUUUGACUGGAUUGACAGAUUUACCAGUGCAUUAAUUUUUGAGUGCGCAGUUUUUAACUCUCAGGUAAAUUUGUUCAGUGUGAUUUGGAUCCUGAUUGAGUUUUCGCCAAGUGGUCUCGUGGUUUCUAAUCACGUGAUUCAUACUAUGCACAUAUAUGACAUUGGUGGGGGCUACAGUACUGUAACCAUAACCUGUCAAUUGUUACUAGUGGUUUAUAUUAUAUACUUUGUUAUCAAGGAAACGAGGAAGAUGAUCGUGGGAAUUCGACUGUAUUUCUCACGUUUUAUCAAUUGGGUGGAAAUCCUCCAGACUAUAUCAGUCAUUUUCUUUCUAAUUGCUCACAUUAUGAAAGAAACAAAGCUCUUCGCUACCACAGCUGAACUUGAGAAAAACACAUUUCAAUUUAUCAGCUUCGAUUGGGGAGUUCUUCUACAAGACUUAGAAACGGUAUUUUUAUCGUUACUGAUGUUCUUGAACACUUUGAAGUUGCUGUAUUUGCUCAAAUUCAAUCCCCGUGUGAGGCAUUUAUUCCAUGUAAUGAAGGGAUCUGCUCGGGAACUCGUUCACUGCUCAAUUGUAUUCGCUGUGUUCAUGUUUGGAUGUAUCCAUGUAGGAUAUAUUCUAUUUGGGAGAGAACUUUACUCCUUUUCUUCGCCUUUCCUCAUUCUACAGUCUCUUCUUGUCGAAGGAGUCGUUGGUGGCGGAGUGGACUAUUUUAACGAUUGUUGCACAGUCAUUGGCCCCGUUUACUUUACAGCGUUAAAAUUGGGACUUAAUCUCAUAUGCAUAAAUAUUUUCGUUUCUGUUCUUGUUUAUAAUUAUGGCCGCAUCAGGGAACUCUCCAGAGGAGAAUUUGGUCUUGGACACUUCGUGAUAAUGAAAACGAGGGAACUACUAGGCUGCGUGGGCGACCGCUUAAGGGCGAAUGAAGACAAAUCUGCGUAUGAUUUACCGAACACGGAGAUUGAGGAAGAUAUUCUUCCUGAGGCAGCUGAGAUAUUGGCAAGGUUGGAUCGGAUUAAUCAUCUUUUAAAUGUUCACUAUGCCGAAGAAUUUUGUGAAGACCUUGAACUGUUUUCUUUGUGGUUUGAUCUCCACAUGCAAGCUAGGAAAUCCAAGGAUUUACAAGAAAACUGGUUCGAUUCACCAGAAAGUUUUGAGUCUGCUGAGGAGGAAGAUUAG